CUGCCCGCGGAGGAGAGACACCAGUCCGCGUUGGUUGGUCCGAAGUAACAAAACGCACCGACUGACAUCUGCGCCAGAGAGGAGACACUGAAGCCGCUUCCUCUGCUCCCUGUCCUCCUCCUCCUGCUGCUCGCUCCUCGCUGUCCUACGUACGGCAGGAUGAAGGUGUCUGGGACGUUUGGACACUUUGGACCGCAGCGCGCACUGGAAACUAGGAUUUAGUAGAGAAGUUGGUUUUCUCAGCGGCGCUGCCUGAGGCGAGGACUCGGGGAUUUUGGACUUUUUUUUUCCCUCCUCCAUAAAAGCGCCAAAUGUGAGGACUUAAAGGAUUUAAAACGAGUUUUUGCGGGUUUCAUGAAGUUUAACGGAGAAUAAACGCUGUUCCCCCCCCCCCCCCCCCCCCCCCUGAUUGCUUGGUACAACCAAAGCACUGACAUUUACUGCCGAAACGGAAAAGAUCUGGUCAGUGGUGGGGAAUUUGUGGACAGUCCCUUGUGGCAUUGGAGGCCACUGUUCUUCUGGACAGCAUGCAGAUGGAGGAUGUUGUCUAAGUUGGGGUUGGGCCUUGCUGCUCUGUGUCUCACCUCGUCAUCCAGAGGAAUGACAGCUCUGUGGUGCUCAUUCUGGCUUUCCUUCCUUCUGCCUCUGUGCGUCACUCCAGCCAGGCUGCCCACGGCUCAGCCCACAGAGCCUGUGUCCAGUGAAACAGCCUUCCUGGAGGAUUAUGUUCUGGGAGUUGGCGACACACUGGAAAUGCCGUGUGAUCCAGAAGACCCUUCGCACUCUGUUGUCUGGUUCAAAGAUGGUGCUGGGCUCGUAUCCAGCAACCGGACACGUCUGGGACAGAGGAUGCUGCGAAUCAUCAACGUGUCGUAUGAGGAUUCGGGUGUCUACUCGUGUCGAAACGCCCGCAGCCACACGCUGCUCAGCAACUACACUAUCAGAGUGACAGAUUCUCUGUCAUCUGGUGACGAUGAAGAUUAUGAUGAAGAUCCAGAAGAUGCAGGUAAUGAAAAUGAAGCACCACAUUGGACUCGACCAGAUCGAAUGGACAAGAAACUUCUCGCGGUGCCGGCUGCUAACACUGUCAAAUUCCGCUGCGCUGCAUCUGGAAACCCAAUGCCAACCAUCCACUGGCUAAAAAAUGGCAAGGAAUUUAAGGGAGAGCAGAGAAUGGGAGGCAUCAAGCUCAGACACCAGCAGUGGAGUCUGGUGAUGGAGAGCGCCGUGCCGUCAGACCGGGGAAACUACACCUGCGUGGUACAAAACAAAUACGGCACCAUCACACACACCUACCAGCUGGAUGUGCUCGAGCGCUCACCUCAUAGGCCGAUCCUCCAGGCGGGCCUGCCAGCCAAUCAGACGGCGGUGGUAGGCAGUGAUGUGGAGUUCCAUUGUAAGGUAUACAGUGAUGCUCAGCCGCACAUCCAAUGGCUCAAACACAUUGAGGUGAAUGGCAGCCGCUAUGACCGCGAUGGCGCUCCCUACGUCAACAUCCUGAAGACGGCUGGUAUUAACACUACAGAUAAGGAGCUAGAGGUCCUCUUCUUGACCAAUGUGUCUUUUGAGGAUGCGGGCGAGUACACUUGUCUGGCAGGGAACUCUAUCGGCUAUACUUACCACUCUGCUUGGCUGACGGUGCUUCCAGCCGUGAAUCCGGAGAAGGAUGACUAUUAUGCAGAUAUCCUCAUCUACGUGACAGGAUGCGUGCUCUUCAUCCUCGCCGUGGUCAUCGCCGUCCUGUGCCGCAUGAGGAUGACCACGCAGAAGACUUUGCCCACGCCUCCUGUGCAAAAACUCUCUAAGUUUCCCCUCAAGAGACAGGUGUCCUUGGAUUCCAAUUCCUCAAUGAACUCCAACACACCACUGGUCAGAAUUGCCCGCUUGUCGUCCUCCGACGGUCCUGUGCUGGCCAACGUCUCAGAGCUGGAACUGCCCUCUGACCCCAAGUGGGAAUUUCUUCGAAGUCGGCUGACUCUGGGUAAACCUCUGGGAGAGGGCUGCUUUGGUCAAGUGGUGAUGGCUGAUGCUGUUGGUAUCGAUAAGGAGAAGCCCAACAAGCCGCUUACAGUGGCUGUGAAAAUGCUGAAAGAUGACGCAACAGAUAAAGAUUUGUCAGACCUGGUGUCUGAGAUGGAGAUGAUGAAGAUGAUCGGAAAACACAAAAACAUUAUCAACCUGCUGGGAGCGUGCACUCAGGAUGGUCCACUGUACGUCCUGGUGGAAUAUGCCCAAGGCAACCUGAGAGAGUACCUGAGGGCACGACGCCCACCGGGCAUGGACUACUCCUUUGACACGUGUAUCCCAGACGAGCAGCUUACAUUUAGCCUGGUGUCCUGUGCCUACCAGGUGGCCCGAGGCAUGGAGUACCUCGCCUCACAAAAGUGCAUCCACAGAGACCUGGCAGCCAGAAACGUCCUUGUGACGGAGGACAAUGUUAUGAAGAUUGCUGACUUCGGUCUGGCCAGAGACGUGCACAAUAUCGACUACUACAAAAAGACCACAAAUGGUCGUCUGCCCGUGAAAUGGAUGGCUCCGGAGGCUCUGUUCGACCGGGUUUACACCCACCAGAGUGAUGUAUGGUCUUACGGUGUGCUGCUGUGGGAGAUCUUCACGCUGGGUGGCUCGCCUUAUCCAGGAAUUCCAGUAGAAGAACUCUUUAAACUGUUGAAAGAGGGACAUCGGAUGGAUAAACCUGCCAACUGCACCCAUGAACUGUAUAUGAUCAUGAGGGAGUGCUGGCAUGCAGUGCCGUCUCAGAGGCCGACCUUCAGACAGCUGGUAGAAGACCAUGACAGGGUUUUAUCAAUGACAUCUACCGAUGAGUACCUGGACCUGUCGGUGCCCUUCGAGCAGUACUCGCCCACCUGCCAGGAUUCCAACAGCACCUGCUCCUCAGGAGACGACUCUGUGUUCGCUCACGACCCUCUGCCUGACGAGCCAUGUCUUCCCAAACAACUUCCCAGCAAUGGGGUGAUUAGGACUUAAAACUCGAGUGGGAGGGGGGCAUAUUAAACCUCUCCAUCAUGUGACUAAUAAUAACCCCUCAGCAAUGAGCUCCUCAAGAUGCAAAAGGACGGGUCUAUGCGCAGUACUUCCACAGCACUGCACCACUUCAGUUUGUCUUAAACUGUUGGUCGAAAUCCCUUUUUGAAACAUUGCCCCCCCCAAAAAAAUCAACUCUUGAAACAUAGAAGGAUUUUUUUUUUUUUUUUUUUUUGCUGUUGAACUAUGAUUGCGUCCUUCUUUUCAUAAACGAAAUUAUAUUUUUGUACACAAGCCAGUCUUUUGUUACGGACAAUCUGUGUGGUGAAACCAUUCCGUGCCUACGGGGAAAAAAAAAACCUCCUCAAACUACACAUAAGAAGACAAAAAGGAUGAAAAAAGGAGGGACUGAAGGGCAUUGUCAGUGAUCCAAUAAUCAAAGGCGGCAGAUCUUCUUGUCUCAUCUGCACGGAGUCCUACGAUCACAGUUUUUUGUUUUGUUUUAAACUGCUAAAAGAAAAUACCAGCAAAAGCAGAAUCCAGACACAGUGUUGGAAACACAACAUCCACGACGGAGACAAUUACGUAAAAAUGUGUCUUAUGAAUUUGUACUCCACUAUCACCGUUUAACAACCCCCAAAAAACUUUGUAGAACAACUCCGUCAUCUGUUUCAUGGCCAAUAAUGAGAAAUGUUUUUCAGGGUUCUUUUUUUAAUGUAUCUAGAAAAUGAUUUAUUGUAAAUGUAUAAAUGCAUAUAUGUAUUAUAUUGCUGUCCACAACUAUGUACUUAGAAAAAUUACAUUUAAAAAAAAA